GCUUGACUGGAAGGGGUAUGUUCUAUGACACGAAUUGUUUUUUAAUGCCGGACAGGACUUCAAAGUGCAUUAUUUGUUUAUAAAUAAAAUUAAAACACUUUUUUCCCACUAAAAACAGUUAUGAAUUAAAUUGAAUAUAUAUGUGAAAAGGGGGCGAUAAAUAAAUAUGUUGAUAAGAAUAUUUGCAUAGUUUAUAAUAUUUCAAGUUUCAAUUGUGACAAUGUACAUGAAAAAUCGAUAAAAAUUCGACGUUGAAUGUGUGUACGAAUUCAGGAAAAGGAUGAGCUUCAUAAAAGAUCCUUGCGGAAUAGUGUGCAUUUUAGUUACUUAUUUUGCAAUUCUUUAUGCUGACUAUGUUGUCACACAGUGGAUUAUUGUUUAUUCCAUGCAAAACAGUAUAUGGGGUCCAGUAAAUGUUGUUUUAUUUAAUACGGUUAUCUUCUUUUUGACAAUCGCACAUUUGAAAGCCGUGUUUUGCGACCCCGGCCUAGUGCCGAUUGCUCGGCUUGACUUUUCCGACCUUCAUGCUGCUCGCAACAAGCCAAUGUCCGACGAAGAAUGGACCGUGUGUACAAGAUGCGAGACAUAUCGACCGCCUCGUGCGCACCACUGUCGCAUUUGUAAACGUUGUGUGAAAAAGAUGGACCAUCAUUGUCCAUGGAUUAAUAAUUGUGUUGGCGAACGAAAUCAAAAAUAUUUUUUACAAUUUUUGGUUUACGUUUGCAUAUUGUCAAUUUAUUCGGUAUCUCUUGUGAUAAUAUCUUGGAUUUAUCCUUGCAUUGGUGACACAUGUUCCACAGAUUUAUCGGAAACUCAAUCAAGAAUGCUACAUUCAGUGUUGUUGUUGCUGGAAAGUUCACUGUUUGGACUAUUUGUAGUGGCUAUAAUGAUUGAUCAAUUGCACGCAAUAUUUUACGAUGAAACGCCGAUCGAAGCUCUACAGUUUCGAAGCGGCUAUCGUAUGGCAAAUCACAAAUUCAUACUUUUAGCAAAUGUUUUUGGACACAUGCAUCCAGCUUAUUGGCUAUUUCCUUGUUCAGAUGCAAAAACAUAUGAUACUCCCCUAAUUAGUCACGAUGUGUAAAGAAAAAUAAACAAAUAAGCACACACAUACAAUGUAACUUUUUAUUUUAAUAAAAAUUCAAACAAAUACUACAUUCAACUUGAA